UUGCCCCGAACCAAGUUAUCACUAGCGUUAAAUAUACAAUACAAUACAAUACAAUAUCGCCUCUAUUGGAUAAGGGAACUCAAUUCCGUACUGUCUAUUGCCUUAGAAAUAACCAGUUGCUCAACCCCGUCGCCCAUGCGAUGUUCCCCAGUGCGGGGGCGGGGCAUGAGUCCACUGGUCACGAUGACGUGAAUGGAUCGACUGAGUGCCCAACAGACAGCAUUUUGGCCGUCUAACUCCAUCUCCUACGGCAACCAUGAUCGGUUAACUUAAGACAGGCACUUUAUACCAUCCUUUUUGAAUCGUGAUUUCAAUUACGUCCUUGAUAGUCGCCAGUUACGUAUCGGCGGCGUUCGUCAUGCCUUCACUCAGAGUCCACCCCCCAUCCCAGCCAGACUGGAACAAUCUGCAGCUUCUCCACAAGGGCACACUACCCCCGCGCGCAGACUUCCACAUCUACAGCUCAAUAGAAGAUGCUUUGACCUACGAGACUGCAAAGGCCAGCAGAGAGUCGCUGUCGGGAACCUGGAAGUUCCUUCUAGCCAACAACCCGUUUGAGGGCCCAGAAGGAUUUGAGAGUCCUGCUUUCGACGCGACACAAUGGGACGACACGACGGUGCCAAGCAUGUGGCAGCUCAACGGCUAUGGAAAGGGGCCGCACUACACCAAUGUCAACUUCCCCAUCCCCGUUGAUCCGCCAAAUGUUCCCUUUGCGGAUAACGAGACGGGGCAUUACGUUCGCAAAUUCACCGUGUCCAAGAAGCUCAGGAACUCGCAAAUUCGACUACGAUUCGAAGGCGUUGACUCGGCAUAUCACGUGUGGGUGAACGGCAAGGAGGUGGGGUAUCAUCAAGGCUCCAGAAACCCCGCCGAGUUCGACAUCACAGAUGCAGUUGACCAGGCGGGUGAAAAUACUCUGGCCGUCAAAGUCUAUCAAUAUUGUGAUGCAACUUACAUUGAAGACCAGGACCAAUGGCGCAUGAGCGGCAUCUUCCGCGACGUGCACCUCGUUGCAUUUCCAUUCCAGUCACGUGUUGAAGAUCUCUUCAUCCAGACCAAGCUCGACAAAGACUACACUGAUGCAGACCUGAAGGUUCGAGUGGACAUCGCUGGCUCGUGUGAAAUUCAGGUAACGCUGUACGACCCAAAGAAACAGCCCGUUGUAGCCAGUGGUUCUAAGCAGGUGGCCGGUGGCUCGGUCGACUUGUCGCUAAAAGUGAAGAAGCCCGAAAAAUGGACGGCGGAAAGUCCAACUCUAUAUCAUCUUGUAGUGACACUGAAUGGAACUAGUUUCAUCAGCCAAAGAGUUGGGUUCCGGCAGGUUGAGAUGAAAGAUGGGCUCAUUAAGGUGAACGGCAAGCGGAUCGUACUAAAAGGUGCUAACCGACACGAGCAUCACCCACAAUUCGGUCGCGCCGUUCCGUAUGAGUUUAUGAAGCAGGAUCUACUGCUUAUGAAGAAACAUAACAUUAAUGCAAUUCGAACCUCACAUCAGCCUAGUGAUGUGAGGCUCUAUGAUCUGGCAGAUGAACUAGGGUUUUGGGUCAUGGAUGAAGCCGACCUCGAAUGCCAUGGGUUUGAGGCUAUAUGCGAUGCCGCAUUAUCUCCAGAAGAUAGAGCACUUCCGUUUCGAGAGCGACAGCUUUUAACUAGGGCCAAUGCUGCCAAGUGGACAUCAGACAACCCUGACUGGGAGAAGGCUUACGUGGACCGCGCCGUGCAGCUUGUUCGGCGCGAUCAGCUUCAUCCUUCCGUGAUAAUGUGGUCUCUGGGAAAUGAAGCAUUCUUCGGCCGUAACCAUGUGGCUAUGUACAACUGGAUUAAGUCAUAUGAUGAUAGCCGACCAAUCCACUACGAGGCUGAUAUUUAUGCUGAUACGAUGGACAUGUACUCCCGGAUGUAUCCGCCAGUCGAGGAGAUGGUUGAAUUUGCUAACGACAAUUCGAAGACGAAACCCCUGAUACUAUGUGAGUAUAUCCACGCCAUGGGAAACGGGCCGGGAAAUAUUAAAGAAUAUGUCGACACUUUCUAUAAGUAUGAGUCGCUUCAAGGAGGCUUCGUAUGGGAAUGGGCGAAUCAUGGGCUGUUGACGAAAGAUAAAGAAACCGGUGAUGAGUUCUACGCUUAUGGCGGCGACUUUGGCGAUGUUCCAAAUGACAGCAAUUUCAUCAUGGAUGGUGUUCUAUUCUCUGAUCAUACACCGACUCCGGGACUUACCGAGUACAAGAAGGCAAUAGAGCCCAUCAAGGUUGUGUCAUAUACGCCAGAGAAGAUCACAAUCAUCAACAGGUACGACUUCCUCACCCUCGAUCAUCUGGAGGCCAGCUAUAUGAUCCUCGACGAGGGAAAACCAACCUCGCAUAAAGGCGCUGUAGAUAUCCCCAGGGGAAUCCAGCCUGGGCAAACAGCCGAGCUCACAGUGAUAGAGAAGCUGCCUUCUUUAGAUUCUCUCGCGGGUGAAGGUGUCGUCCAGAUCGUAUUUCGCCUGAAAGAGAAGACAGCAGCGUUACCUGCUAGCCACGAGAUUGCCUUUGAAGAAUAUUCAAUCUCACCGUCCCGGCGCACUUCUCUAGAGACCACUGGCAACUUGACAAUUCAUGAGACCCCGGCCCUCAUCACUAUCAAGUCUCCCAUCGCUAUAUGGACUGUGAGCCCCAUACACGGUGAAAUCCGCUCAUUCAAGAAGAACGGGUCUGAGCUCCUCGCAACGAGCCCCAGCGUAACGUUCUACCGUGCACAGACGGACAACGACUACCCCCAGGAUGGCGCGGAUUGGAAAAAUAAGUUUCUUCAUCUCGCCACGGCACGGACGAGGGGUAGCAGCUGGGGCGCAGUGGAUGGCGACGAUGGUUCAUUUGUAGUGCAGGUGCAGCAGCGAUUCGCACCCCCUGUACUUUCGUGGUCGAUCGAUCUCGAUAUUACGUACGCGUUCCGAGGGAACGGCUCUGUAUCGAUUCGGGUCAAUGGUGUACCGAAAGGCCAGAAUCUCCCCCGCACUCUCCCACGCAUCGGCCUCUCCUUCGAGCUCCCUAGUCAAUGGGCCGGAUCCAGCGCGAAGAAAGCGCUGACAUGGUACGGUCGUGGGCCCGGCGAGAGUUAUGUGGAUAAGAAGCUCUCGCAGCGUCUCGGAGAGUACUCGGUGUCUUCAAUCGACGAGCUGUGGACGGACUACGAAUAUCCCCAGGAAGGAAGCAAUCGCACAGAUACGCGCUGGGUGCGGUUCACGCAUGGUGAGUCCGGAGAGGAGGUUACGGCGCAGUUCAUGGAUCUAGACUCGUCCGACAAGAGCGAGCGAAAAACAUUCGAUUUCAACGCUUCGCAUUAUCGUGUCGCUGAUGUCGAGGCUGCGAAACACCCGUACGAGCUCCGCAGGAAGAAGACGGAGAAUGUCGUGCUGAGACUGGAUGCGGCGCAUCAUGGCCUAGGGAGUGGUUCCUGUGGGCCGAGGACGAGGGAUGAGUAUGCUUUGUUGACUGCGCCUUUUGAGUUUGAGGUCGUGCUGUCGUGAGGAGGCCAUGGUAGACUGUAUUGGGUUUCUAUACGUGACUCAGAUGAGUUUUUGCGUUGACGUAACUGUAUACAAAUGUUGAUGUGUUGGAAGACUAGUGGUUUAAACAUCUGAAAUUGGGUUUCUCUACGCUUUCGUUUUCAGCGGCAUUGAUAUACGAGGAUGUGAAGUGAAAGAGCGUUAUCACUCGAAGGUACUCAAAUACAAGCGGGUUGCUUACUAUUGAAUUCCGACAAUUCUACUUGGUAUGUAGGCUUCCUAUUAAUCUACUAUCACAAUC